GUCGGCUUGUUUCCUGCUUGUGUUAAAAGUAUCGUGUGUGCUCGUGAUAUGACGCUCCACCUGCCCCGCAGCUCCAUUCCGGACUUUCACUUUCUCUUGCAGUAGCCGAGUCGUUAGCAUGCUAGCGUCGCGGUAGCCUUCGCCCGGUAAACAACCGCAGGCUGCGGUGACCACCGCGCGGUCACAGCAUCGGUUCGAGUUCAUCCCGGGAGCUGCUGGUUCCGUGAGAGUCAUGUCGGAGGCGGGCGGGUGAGGGUGGAGAACCCGCGUCCUGCCAUGGCCGAGGACGAGGCGCCGGCGCGGCUGGCUGCGGCGCGCCGCUCCAGCCCGCAGACCUUCACCGGCUCCAGCCACUUCCGCAGCCUGCUGGACAACCUGCUGGCCCUGCGGCAGCGGGGCGUCCUCUUCGAUGUGGUGCUGCUGGUGGAGGAGCAGCGCCUGCCGGCUCACCGCAUCCUGCUGGCCGCCUCCUGCGAUUACUUCAGGGUGAUGUUCGCUGGUGGUCUGCGGGAGGCGCAGCAGACGGAAAUCCCCAUCCAUGGCGUCUCCUACAAGGCCAUGAAGAAGAUCCUGGACUACAUCUACACCUCACGCAUCGAGUUGGACCUGGAAAGUGCCCAGGAGGUGCUGAUCGCGGCCACUCUGUUGCAGCUGGAGAAGGUGGUCGGCUUCUGCUGCGCCUUCCUGGACUCCUGGCUGGAUGAGAGCAACAUCUUAGAGAUGCUUCUCCUGGCCGACCACUACGGGCUGCAGCAGCUUCACCACAGAGUCCACUGCUACAUCCUGGCCAACAUCCAGACCCUGUCUCGGUCGGAGGUUUACCGACGGCUGCCCGUGGAGGAGGUGUUCCAGGCGCUCUGCAGCGACCAGCUGCAGGUCAGCAGCGAGAAUGAGGUGUUCCAGGCGGCGCUGCACUACCACUACAGCCCUGCGGAGGUGGAGAGCGACCAGGUCUACCUGCAGGUCAGUCAGAAGGACAAGCUGAAGAUGCUGGAUGCGGUGCGCUUCUGUUUGAUGGAGAAGCAAGUCCUGCAGCGGCUCCACGGGCGUCUGGUGCCGUGUCCCCUGAGGGAUUGUGUCUCCCAAGCCCUGAUCUACCACGAAGAGGAGCUCAUGCAGCCGGUGGCGCAGGGACCCCUCACCCAGCCGCGCUCCACCUCCUACUGCAUCCUGGGCUUCGGCGGCAUGUACUCCUCCAACUCUGUCAUCGGGAGCGAGUGUCUGUUCCAGGUCUUCCACCCCAGCUGGGGCGAGUGGAGGACCCUGGACGCCGCUCCGGCGCCGCGCAUGUCCAACCAGGGCGUCGCCGUCCUCAACAACUUCGUGUACCUCAUCGGGGGAGACAUAAACACGGCCGAGUUCAUCGCAGCCAGCUGCUGCUGGAGAUACGACCCGCGUCACAACAGCUGGUGCUCCAUCGAGUCCCUGUCCAGCUGCCGCGCCGACCACUGCGUGUGUGUGCUGGACGGACACAUCUACGCCAUCGGGGGGCGGGACUACAAGGCGGUGCUGAGCAGCGUGGAGCGCUACGACCCUCACACCAACAAGUGGCAACCGGUGGCUCCGCUCCCGAGGAAGGUCUAUGCUCACGCGGGAGCCACCGUCCAGGGGAAGGUGUACGUCACGUGCGGUCGCAGGGGUUCGGCCUACCUCAAGGAGACGCUCUGCUACGACCCGUCCGCCGACGUCUGGACGGAGUGCCCCGACGGGCCGGUGGGUCGGGCCUGGCACGGGGCGGCCGGAGUGAACGGACGCGCCUACGUCAUCGGGGGCAGCAACGACCAGAACGGAUACAGAUGCGACAUACUGAAGACGGCGUGCUUCGACCCCUCCUCCAGCUCGUGGUCGGUGCUGAGCCCCCUGCCGGCGGGGCACGGCGAGCCCGGCGUGGCCGUGAUGGGGCCUCUGAUCUACGUGCUGGGCGGACGCUCCCACGACAAGAGCAACAGGAUGAAGUACGUUCACGCCUAUGACACCGGUGCCGACCAGUGGGCCUGCGACACCGAGUUCAGGGAGCGGGUGUCGGGCCUCGCCGCCUGCGUGGCCCUGAUGCCGCCCGCCGUCAUGGCGCGGGCCAAGCGCCCAGACGGCCGCGUCAGGGCCCUGUUGGACGUCGGCGACAUUGGAGACACUGACUCCAGCGAAGACUGAGGUGGCCGCCUCACGGCCCCAGUCGCUCAGUAACUCCUGUUCAUGUGUGUGGCUCCUCACACUGGUGUCUAAAGAGAAGCUCUGCUGUAGCUCUGUCCCUGUGUCUGUGGCUCCACUGGGCUGGAAGCUCUCGCUGCUGCUGCUGCUGCUGCUGCUGCCGCCUUCGCUCCUGCCUCUUACUUUGAUCCUCGUUCCCUCCAUGAAAUGUGCCGCGCAGGACGAGGAGAGCGGAACAUGUCAUGACAGCAGGGUGCCUUGCUUCUCAGGUGGCCUUGUCCUUCUGAAGGAGACCACGCCGGUUGGUUCGGGGAUUGGAAUAUGCACAGCUUUGCUCUGGACGCUGCUGUCUGGUGCCUCGGUGAGUCCUGUCCCACUUACAAAACACCCUUCUGUUUGGUGCCACACUGUUGGAAUAAAGGCAGCUGAAUCCGU